ACAAUGUUAUAUGUUAUGUGUUUGUAAACGAAUGCUAAUUUGCAUGCAAUAUGAUAACAGAUAAGGAUUUCAUUUUGACUGUUAAAUUGUAUCCGGAACUAUACAACAAAAAUGGGAUACCGGAAGAGAAAAAGAAACAACAGCUUUGGGCGCGAUUUGCUCAAGAAACUCUACUCAAAAGUGAUGUGUCUUUAGCCUCCGCUGCUGAGCAUAAAUGGCGGCAAAUGGUUUCAAAAUAUGUGUCUUGUUUGGUAUACGGCACUCCAUUCGCUUACGAAAGGGAAAUGCGGUUUAUGCAGAUGCCAUUACUUGGUACUGGGUCGUCCGAAGAUACGCAAUCUGACUCCGACAUAGAUGAACUGGAACUAAUAAAAGUUUUAAAUUCCUACGAGGAUGACCCACCCGCUACUAAAAGGCAACGAGUUGAUAAAACCGAUGUCAGAAUAGAGGAAUCAACUGAACAUAUAAGAAUAGAGCACAAAAAUAAGGAAGCUGUGCAAAUAAAAAAUGGCUGUUCCCCCGUUUUAAAUUCCAAUAGAAAACAAUGUAGUGAAUUGCAGGAUAAAACGGAAGCAUUGGCAUCGAUAGCCUGUAGUAAAACCGAAGCAUUGGCAUCGAUAGACUGUAGUAAAACCGAAGAUCAGUUAAAUAAAAUUGACAAACCAACCUCGAAGGAUGAUUGCGGUGUACCCCGCCCUCCUAAUGGUCAAUCAUCUGUACUUUAUAAUAUUUCCAAUGAAGACAGAAGAAUGUCUAGUAGCUUCACUAAUUUAACUUCACUAGAACUAAUAUUUCUUGGUUAUGCAAAAGUAUUGCAACGAAUGCCACUGGGAUUGCAGCUGCAGACUAAACGAAAAAUAGCUAACGUCAUGGAUGAAGCCGAACUGAAAAUGUAUGAAGAAAACUGAUUAUUAAAGAAAAAAUUUCUUGGAGAAAUUUUAAAGUAAAUAAUCCAGAGUUUUAGGAUAAAGAACAUACUUAUUAUUAGGGUUCGAAAUCUCAUGCAAAUUUAUGUUUUUACUGGUUAUCUUCAAAUGGAAAUGGUUAAGUUAGCUUUACGAAUCAUUUCUCUAAAAUGGCAUUCAGUAUGCAUAUUUUUAAAUGCAUGAUUUUGCA